AUGGAUGAGGUACCUGUGUACCGUUCUGACUCUGAUGAGGAAGAAGUGGGAGCUGAACCAUAUGAAGUAUUUAAUGCUGCGUCACAAGCAUUUGUUGAGAAAUGGCAGACUCAAACCGAGUUUGUUAACUACUUCCAAGAAGAAUGGUUAAAAAAGCAUCCGAAUUGGUUUUUAGGUGCAGCGCCAUGUUCACCUGUCACAAAUGAUGCGUUAGAAGCUUUUAAUCGGAAUAUUAAAGACCACAACACCUUACAAAGGAUUGGACUGAUGGUUAUUGCUGGGCAAAAAAAGAUUUUAUCAUCCAACACAGCAUACACAGAAUACUUGAUCCCAAGUAGCCAAGUAGGAGACGUAAAUUACGGCGAACAGUGGUUAAACUUCGAUGAUUACAAGAGGAAACAUUUUGCUUUCUGGAAAGUCAAGGUCCCAAAAAAUGGAACUGAAAAUGUAAAUUGGAAAAAAGGAUCCUGCACUUGCCCGCAGUUUUAUAAAAAAUACAUUUGUAAACACCUUCUUGGGCUCGCUAUCAGAUUGAAACUCGCGACUCCGCCUUUGGAAGCGAAAGCAUUACCUAUAGGACAAAAAAGAAAACGGGGUCGUCCUACUAAAUCCAGACCUGCUCUUAUAAUUCAAUGAAUUCUUAUAACGCGAAAUAUUAUUAAGAUUAGGUACUACUUACCUACCUCUUUAUUUUAGGUCAUAAGAAGAAAUGAUGACAUUUUCUACUACUGAUUAA